AUGUUUAUUUGGUCAGUAUGGAGCGUGGUAUUGCUACUGACUUCACUGGUGGCUGCAAAGGAUGGUGAUGUCCGGGCAGGCUGCAGUACAGCUGUUAAUGAUCUGGUGUAUAUUGUUGAUGGCUCAUGGAGUGUUGGGGUUGUUGACUUUGACAAGACUAAGCAGUGGCUCAUCAACAUCACCAGCCAAUUUGACAUCAGCUCCCACUACACACAGGUGGCUGUGAUCCAGUACAGUGACACACCUCGUCUGGAGAUUCCUCUGGGAAAACACCAGGGUGGAACAGAGCUCAUUCGGGCUAUACAAAGCAUCGCCUACCUGGGAGGAAACACACAGACUGGAAGGGCCAUCAGAUUUGCUGUGAACCAUGUCUUCUACUCCUCCCAGCGAGCCAGUCAAGUCAAGAACCGCCUUGCUGUGGUGGUCACUGAUGGCAAAUCUCAGGAUGAUGUGGAAGAUGCCUGUAUGGAGGCACGAGCUCAGGGCAUUACAAUAUUUGCAGUUGGAGUUGGCAAUGAGAUCACCACCUCAGAGCUCAUAUCCAUUGCCAAUAAACCAUCAUUCACCUAUGUCCUGUAUGCUGAAGAUUACACCACCAUUGAUCGUAUCCGAGACUCCAUGGAGCAGAGGCUAUGUGAAGAGUCUGUAUGUCCAACACGAAUCCUGGUGGCAUCUCGUGAUGAGAAAGGCUUUGAGCUGCUGGUGGGCAUGAACAUUCAGACAAAGGCCAAGAGUAUCCCUGGCUCUCUGGUUUCCGAGACGGCCUACGCUCUUACCGCCUCCACAGACAUUACUGAGAAAACUAGGGAAAUUUUCCCAGAAGGCCUCCCUCCAUCAUAUGUGUUUGUAGCCACCCUGCGCCUAAAGGGGUCUUCUAGCAAGCUGACCUUUGACCUUUGGAGGGUGCUGUCAAAGGAUAAAGAGAUCCAGGCUGCAGUGACAUUAAGAGGAAAGGACAAAACUGUCACUUUCACUACAACCAGCAUAACAGAAAAGGAGCAAAGAGUCAUCUUUAAAACUGGUUUUCAGACUCUGUAUGAUGGAAAAUGGCAUCAGCUCAAACUUCUGGUGAGACCACAUCAGGUCGCCAGUUUCCUUGAUGAUCAGCUGAUCCACGCAGCCACACUGGAACCAGUGGAGCUCAUUUACAUCAAUGGGGAGACACAGGUGGCUAAGAUGACAGGAACAGACAUAACUGUGCCUAUUGAUAUUCAGAAGCUGCGUCUGUACUGUGAUCCUCAUCAGAGCGAGAGAGAAACUGCUUGUGAGAUCUAUUCUGUGGAUGAUGAAAGGGGUUUCCGAGAGGAGAAAGGGAGGGAAGGGCUGCCAGGACCCGAUGGUAAGCCUGGUAAAAAUGGGAAACCCGGCCCUCCUGGAUUACCAGGGAAGAAGGUAUCACUACCUUUGGAGACAGAGGGGAGCCAGCCCUACCUGGAGAACCAGGACCUCCUGGACCCAAGGGAGAGCCAGGAUUACCAGGCACCGGGAGAUUGGUUGGGCCACCAGGACCAAAGGGGACGUGUGGAGAUCCAGGGGCUGCUGGACCACCAGGUCAGAAGGGCGAAGUGGGGCCCAGGGGAUGGAAAGGAGAGGUUUGUCGAAUUAGACUUUGCGAAAGGUGUGACAGGUGAUGUGGGCCUCAGGGGGCCAGAAGGAAAAAAGGGUGACAUGGGCCACAUGGGUGCUGUUGGUUCCAGGGGAUUUCCUGGUCAAGAUGGGUUGCCGGGCCAACCAGGCCAGCCAGGGUACCCAGGGAAACCUGGCGAGUCUCCUUCAGAUGAACAUCUGCGAAAGCUCUGCACUGAUGUUCUGCGUAGCCAACUCCCAGCACUGCUCCAGACCCUGCCCCCCCGAACUAGGUGCACACCCUGCCAAAGCUUGAAGGGACCCCCAGGCGAGCCAGGAGCACUGGGACCCAAAGGCUCCAUGGGAACUCCAGGCUACCCUGGCAGGAGUGGUGCUCCUGGUUACCCAGGACCUCCUGGAAUGCAAGGUCCAACAGGACUCAAAGGUGAAAUGGGACCAAGGGGGCUCAAAGGCUGUAAAGGAGAAAGUUACUAUGGACCUCCAGGACCACCUGGACAUCCAGGCAUUCAGGGUCCUCGUGGCUUUGAUGGGAUUGGCCAUCCAGGCAACCAGGGAAUUCCGGGGAAACCAGGACCACCAGGAGAUUCUGGUAAACGGGGGAGCCCGGGGCUUCCGGGGGUGUGUGAUGUUUCCAUGUGUUACCACACCUACAACCUCAGGGAACAUUACAGCAAAGGACCCAAUGUCUGA